GGACGUGGCCGCGGAAGUGUGUGGCGGGGCCGGUCCGGCCGAGCCGCCCCCGCCCGCCCCGCCGGCUCCGGCCGCAGCAGCCCCUCGGCUCUGGGAGGGCCCUGGCAGCCAUGUCGCGGGGCGGCGGGAAGGGACCGAGCCUGAAGGAUAAGCUGGACGGUAACGAGCUGGACCUGAGCCUCUGCGACCUGAAUGAGGUGCCGGUCCGGGAGCUGGCUGCUCUUCCAAAAGCGACUGUGUUGGAUUUGUCCUGUAACAACCUCAUUUCCUUGCCGUCAGACUUCUGCAGUUUGAUGCAUCUGGUGAAACUGGAUUUGAGUAAAAACCGGCUUCAACAGCUGCCCGUGGACUUCGGCCGCCUGGUCAAUCUGCAGCACCUGGACCUCCUGAACAACCGCCUGGUCACCCUGCCAGUCAGCUUUGCACAGCUCAAGAACCUGAAGUGGCUGGAUCUGAAGGACAAUCCCCUGGAUCCUGUCCUGGCUAAAGUAGCAGGAGACUGUCUGGAUGAGAAGCAGUGUAAACAAGCUGCUGUGAGGGUACUGCAGCAUAUGAAAGCAAUCCAGUCCGAGCAGGAUCGGCAGCGGCAACGGAAGCUCCAAGCAGAACGAGAAAUGGAGAAGAAGCGUGAAGCAGAACAACGUGCAAAGGAGGCUCAGGAGAGGGAGCUGAGGAAGCGAGAGAAGGCGGAAGAAAAGGAACGCAGAAGACGGGAGUAUGAUGCUCAGAAAGCUGCAAAACAGGAGAUGGAAAAGAAACCUAAAAAAGAAACAGUGCAGACCCGAAAGCCAGCCUCCAGUUCUCGUCCCCCUCAGCCACCCCGGCACAAGCAGCACUCCUGGUCACGGUCGGUACUGCGGGUGCUGCUCCUGGUGCUGCUGUGUGUCCUCUGCACCGUGGCUGCCUGCAAGCUGACCGAGCUGCACCGCCAGCCGCUCUGUGUCAGCGUCAACACCCUCUACGAGGACGUGCUGGCUGCCCUGCAAAACCACAAAACCCUGCAAAACUUGCUACAGCAGAACUCGCAGCAGUGAUUGUCCUCGACAGGCACUUGUUUCGUCAGCAUCUCCCUCCACCAUCUUACGCAGCCAGAAUUCCUAUGGAAUUGUGUUCUGAUGAAACUGCUUUUAACCAGUCAGCAUUGGUUUGCUGGUCCACUCCACUCAGAGCAGUUAUUGUUCACAUCAUCUUUGCUGUGCAUGUUUUGCAGUUGGCCUGUAACUCCCGUUAUUUGCCCACCUUAACCAACACUUGUAACAGUUCUUACCUCCAGCGGAUGGUUACCUAGACUGUGAGAUACAGAUUCAGUCUAGAGGAGUGGAAAACCAGCCCAUGGAUUAUCUAGGUAGCUGUAGCUCUGUCCUGGAGGCAGGUUUUUAUACAUAUCCAUUCCUUGCUCUCAUUUCUCUGUGUGCUAAAAUUGGUGAUGUGGCUGUACGGGAAUAAGACACAAAGGCCCCCUCCAGGACCAAUGCCAGGUGUGUAGGAUGGCUGUGCAUCCGUGUGUUGGAGGGAUGAAGCUGAUGUACUAUUGAAAGGAGCUGAAAAUUUUCAAUACAACAGUUUUCACAGCA